GGCUGGCUCCGAUCCCUGCAGCAGCAUCUGCCAGCCACUACUGCUAGUCCCGUAGCGGGCGGAAGUGGCGCUGUAGACGCUGGGACGAGCGGAUUGGGCAAUAUGGAGCGCUGGCGUUAGCGGCCGCGUGGAGCGUGUUCUACUCCAAGCCAUUUCAUCAUCUCUGAGGGGAAAGCUUGGAAAGCUGGAACAGGCUAUUGCGGGGGAUUCUUGAUGGAUUUGGAUUGAGACGAUCACUGUUGAUCCAUAUGGGAAUUGGGAAUGCAUCGUUGGGAAAAAAGUUUGUGUCAGCUACGCUGCAAAUAGUAUAAAUAGGAGCUAAAUUCGCCUAGAAGCCCAAGAGAGUGUUCAGAAUAACUUGACAGCAAGCAUCCCAUUCAUUCUACAUCCCGAGAGCCAUCUAUCAAUUGAUUCUCAUUGCAUCAUCCUCAUCCGAAAUUCCAGUUCCUCAAAAGCAAUCUACAUCAUGUUCGGCAGGCCCAAGGAGCAGAAGCCCCAAGAGGUUGCGGACAUCCCUCCGCAUCUCACGGACCUGCAUUGUUUCACCGAAACAGAGGGCGUUGUCACGACGACCAUGAUGGAUCUCCCGGGCUACCGCAUCGAGCAGGUCCUCGGCACAGUCUACGGCAUUACUGUGCGGUCGCGCAACAUCGGCGCCAGCCUGGGCAUGGCCUUCAAGAGUAUGGCCGGCGGCGAGCUUCGGUGGUUCACAUCCAUGCUGUACUCGUGCCGCAACGACUCCAUCGGCAGGGUCGUCGAGGAGUGCAAGAAACGCGGUGGCAAUGCCAUCAUCUGUCUGAGAUUCGAUGCGGGCGACAUGGGGGGCUUCGCCCAGACGGCGGCGUAUGGGACGGCUUGCCGCGUGGUCAAGAUAGAUGAGAGCACCCAAUCGCCGCCACAGCUGCAGGCGGCUACACGAUAGUUGGAGCCCGGCGCUUAGCAGAGCGGCCGAGGAUGUCGUCUGAGGUUGGGGAGCUGGGAAGCUGGGAAGCUGGGAAGCCGGGAAGCGUGGGUGAGCGGUUCGGCUGUCGUAAGGCUGCGGGCAACCAACCAACGUGGCUGGAGGCAAUAGAUGUGGCAAAUGUUUCUAUGUAUAGGUAGGUAGGGUCAAGCUGCGGGAGCUGAGCGAAGCUCUUCCCGGUCUCGUCUCUUGUACAUGCACACAUGCGCCUGCGCCACAGCCUUGGCUUGUUUUUGGCUCUGUGUGUAGCAGCGAGACUAUCGCGAUAGCAUCUUUUUCGGUAACGCCAGUCCUUUUUGGCGCAGUC